GUACAAUCCGUCUCUAUUACUCAACACCAUGUUCGGAGACUUCCCCGUCAAAGACAAAAUCGUGGUGGUCACCGGCGGGGGAUCUGGCAUCGGUCUAGCCGCCGCCCAGCUGGCCACCUCCAAAGGCGCCAAGACCAUCAUCGCGGACCUCAAACUCACCCCUGCAGCUGAAACCUUCGUGAACAGCACACCCACCGCCUCAAUCCUCUUCCAACCCUGCGACGUCCGCAACUGGACCGACCUCCAAGCUCUGAUCCGUGUCUCCCUGGACAAAUGGGGCGAUGUGCCCGACGUGUAUAUCGCCGCCGCGGGCGUUUUCGAUCCCGAAUGGUCCAACUUCUGGGACGAUACCGAGGAGAAUGGCUACGCCGCAAUGGAGAUCAACGCCAACCAUCCCAUCAAGCUGACUCGUAUCGCCAUACGCGAGUUGCUGCGCGCCAACAAAAAGGGCGUCGUGUGCUGCGUCUCGUCCCUGGCGGGGAUCGCCGCGGCGCCAGCGGCGCCCUUGUAUACGGCGGCUAAGCAUGCGGUGUGGGGGUUCGUCAAGGCCAUGGCACCGUACGAGGCGAUGGAGGGGGUCAAGGUCACGGCUGUUUGUCCUGCAGCCGUGCGAACGCCGCUGUUCACGGACCGCCCGGCGGCGAUGGAACAGUACUCCCUCGUGGAGAAGGAGCUGCUCGAUCCCGCCGAUGUCGCAGAGUGUAUGGUCCAGUUGAUCGAAGCGGGUGAGUACGGAGGGGGCGCGGUGGUGGAGAUAUGGGCGCGCGGGCCCGAGGGUCGGCGCGUGGUGCCGGAGUGGAACAUCGCGCCUAGUCCGUACUUCGCGGCGCAUACGCCCGAGGUGACAGAGAAGAUCUUUGCGCCGGUGAGAGAGAAAUUGGCGAGGGAGAGGGGGGGUGGGCAUUAAUUAGCCUGUCGCCUAUAUAACUCGA